GAGAAAAUGGAUAUAACAGGAUAUUGCAGGGAUCUAAUAAAGAUACUUGACCAAGCUGAAAGCAUGAGUGAAAAACUAACCCCACUGAAAUUAAUCGAUGCGUGGUCUGGGAAAGGCGUUUCAAAAUUCAGGGUGGCUGAAGUUACUCCACCAAAACACCCUCGAGAGGAGCUGGAGAGAAUUGUUGCUCAUUUACUGCUGCAGCAGUAUCUCAGGGAAGACUUCAGCUUCACGGCAUUUGCUACAAUAUCUUACCUGAAGAUAGGGCCAAAAGCAGGUCUCCUGGAAAACGAGGCACACGUCAUAACUAUAGAAGGGAUGACAAACAAAAAAAGUGCUUACAAGGACAGACUAUCUCAAUCUUCAAAUUCAAAAAGAAGCAGAGAAAAUGAUCAGGCUAUUUCAAAGACUGUCCAAGAUUCAGUGGUGAAGAAGUCACAGAAACAUAAACAGCCUAACUGUGGUUCUAACUUGAAAACAAAGAAGCUUAAGCUUCAGGCAGGUGGAGAUGACCAACCAGUACUUCUCGACUGAGUUUCAUGGACUACAUUUAGGAUCUAAUCAUGUUUGCUUCUCCAUGGACAGUGCAGUGUGUAA